AUGAGACGACUGACGACGCGAGCGAACGCUGGACGCGCGCAGGACGGCACGCACGGCGGCGAUGGACCGACGGCGGAGGAUUUGGACGAACUGCGCGACGUGAUCAUUCACUGCGACGGGUCGAUGGACGUGCUCGGGGGACUGUCGAGCGACAUCGCGAGGGACGUGCCGGUGUUGGGAGAUCGCGCGACGGCGUUCGUGAUGGAGUGCGUGACGGAACUGCCGGUGAAGACGCCGGUGUACGCGGCGCUGGCGGGACUGAUCAACGCGGAGGCGAGAGAGUUCGGCGCGCAAGUGGUUGAAGCGACGCGAGAGGCGCUGAUGGAGUGCUUGAAUGGGGAUGAUCUGACGCAGCGAGUGCGAGCGCGAGUGUUGACGCGGUUUUUGGUGAUGCUGAGCACGGUCGGAGUCGUGCAACGAAGGGAGGUGAUGGAAUAUUUGGCGUCGCUGUUGUCCUCGGCGCAAGCGUCGGCGAAGAAAGGCGCGGCUGGGUGGCAGCCUCGCGCCGAUUGGCUCGCCUACGUCGCGCUUUCCGCGCUUCCGUGGGGGGGUGAGUUCUUUUCAAAAUCCGAGAGCUCAAACGACUUUGAGGCGCUUUUGGACAUGGCGGAGGCGUAUUGCAAAAUCAGAACGCCGAACUCGGACGCGGCGUCGAUCAUCAUCAAGUCCGCGGACGGCAUCGAAGUCGAUUGGUUCGUGGACAUGUGCAAUCGUCUCAGUGCGGCGCGCACGGACGGGCGCUGGCACAUCGCGUCCAUUCCCGCCAUCGCGGAGCCGUUUGUGGAGAAGCUGGCGAGCACGGCGAACGCGCACUCCUUGAACGGGAUUGAAAUCCCGGAAAAGACAUUCACCAACCACGCUGAGGCGGCGGCAAAGUAUCCGGGUCGAUCCAUGUUGAGGUAUGUUCAUUCGCACGCGCGACGCGCAUCUCUCGUUCGAUGGCGAUGA